CUUCCUACUUAAUCCCGCGUCACCCCUCCAUCUACCCAUUAGUAGAUAUCCUUCUCUUAAUCCUUUUUGGAGUGCUAGACAUUCCCCCUCGAACAAAGAUCCUCAACAUUCCAAGAUCAACCUCGAGACACAGCUACCCAACCUAAUCAACAUGUCUGGCGCAGUCGCUGAUCUCGGCCUCAUCGGCCUGGCCGUCAUGGGCCAGAACCUUAUUCUGAACAUGGCCGACCAUGGCUUCACCAUCUGCGCCUUCAACCGUACCGUCUCCAAGGUCGACAACUUCUUGGCCAACGAGGCCAAGGGCAAGUCGAUCGUCGGCGCCCACUCUACAGAGGAGUUCGUCUCCAAGCUCAAGUCGCCGCGCCGGAUCAUGCUCCUGGUCCAGGCCGGCAAGGCCGUCGACGACUGGAUUGAGACCCUCCUGCCCCUGCUGAGCAAGGGUGACAUCAUCAUCGACGGUGGCAACUCCUUCUUCCCCGACUCUAACAGGAGGAUGAAGUACCUUGAGUCCAAGGGUCUCCAGUUCGUCGGCUCCGGUGUUUCCGGUGGUGAGGAGGGUGCCCGCUACGGUCCCUCCAUCAUGCCCGGUGGCUCCGAGGCUGCCUGGCCCCACAUUAAGGACAUCUUCCAGAGCAUAUCCGCCAAGAGCGACGGCGAGGCAUGCUGUGAGUGGGUUGGUGACGAGGGUGCUGGCCACUACGUCAAGAUGGUGCACAACGGUAUCGAGUACGGUGACAUGCAGCUCAUCUGCGAGGCCUACGACAUCAUGAAGCGUGGUCUCGGCAUGUCCAACAAGGAAAUUGGUGAUGUUUUCACCCAGUGGAACAAGGGUGUCCUCGACUCUUUCCUGAUUGAGAUCACCAGGGACAUCAUGUACUUCAACGACGAGGACGGACUUCCCCUGGUUGAGAAGAUCCUCGACAAGGCCGGCCAGAAGGGUACCGGCAAGUGGACCACCAUCAACGCCCUGGACCUGGGCAUGCCCGUCACCCUGAUCGGUGAGGCUGUCUUCGGUCGCUGCCUGUCGGGCAUCAAGGAGCAGCGUGUCCGUGCUUCCCAGAAGCUCGAGUACAUUGGCCGCACCAGCUCUUUCGAGGGCAACAAGGAGCAGUUCAUCAAGGACCUCGAGCAGGCUCUUUACGCCUCCAAGAUCAUCUCGUAUGCUCAGGGUUUCAUGCUGAUGCAGGAGGCCGCCAAGGAGUACGGCUGGAAGCUGAACAAGCCUUCGAUCGCCCUCAUGUGGCGUGGUGGCUGCAUCAUCCGUUCCGUCUUCCUGAAGGACAUUACCUCGGCUUACCGCAAGAACCCCGACUUGGAGAACCUCCUCUUCGACGACUUCUUCAACAAGGCCAUCAACAACGCCCAGCCCGGGUGGCGUGAGGUUGUCGGCCGUGCCGCCUUCCUCGGUAUCCCGACCCCCGCCUUCUCGACCGCUCUGUCAUGGUUCGACGGUUACCGCACCAAGGACCUGCCCGCCAACCUUCUGCAGGCCCAGCGUGACUACUUCGGUGCCCACACCUUCCGCAUCAAGCCCGAGUUUGCCAACGCCAAGUACCCUGAGGGCCAGGACAUCCACGUCAACUGGACCGGCCGUGGUGGCAACGUGUCUGCCAGCACGUACCAGGCGUAAGUUGAGGUUUAGGAGAACCAGGGGACGAACAAGAGAAAACAAACAAACCAGAAAAAAAAUGUAGGAAAAUAUUCUGGGAUGGGAUAUAGGUAGACGCCACAAAAUACUCCUAGAGGCACGGUACCCAGUCAAUGAUGAAUGUCCUUUUUCGCAGUUAUGAAUCUGGAGCUUGGCGAUGAUUUGAGUAGAGUGAUGAUAUUUUGAAUAAAAUCAUGAGAUGUAUGAUGAAAGUUUAACGCUAAACUAUUUAAAGUUCGCUUGUAUGUUUUGUUUAGCGCUGUAAACAAAAGCCAGGAAAACAAUAAAUUGAGAUCACAGUGGGCAAUCCCGAAUGCCAAAACCAAAAAGAAUGUUGAUGGAUUGAAG